GGAAACAGAGGAAACAGAGGAGUGGGACAAAGAGGAGAGAGACAAGCGGAGGAGGAGGAGGGACGUACAACAACACACACACACACACACACACACACACACACACACACACACAUCUGGAAACCAUUGAAAAACAGAGAGAGAGAGAGGGUGGGACACGGUUCAGAGUUUGCAGGGUAAAACCUCCUGCACGGAAAAUUACAUGAAUCAGAGAUAAAGUUUAGACUGUGAGGAAAGGACGAGGGAUUUGUGGAGGAAGGAGGGUUAACUAGUCAGGAGCAAAACGGAGCGAGAGGAGGAGAAAAAAAACCAGACCAAAGCAGAUCGAGGAAGAGAUCCAAAGGAGAUCUGAGGUCUGGAAAAACUGAGUAACCAUCAAAACCAGGAGCUGAAGGAGCCGAGACUUACAGAGACUGAGGAGUGAGACCAAGACAAGACGUGAGGUAAACUUUGAUUUAGAGCUUUAACGCCACAGACUGAAAAGAAGAAAAAAAAAUCAACUUUUGAAGCUGUUUCUGUGUCUGAGUAAUAAUGAAGUUUAUACGUACAAGACUGCUUAAAAACUAUGAUACAGACUGAUUUAAAAGACAUGAAAUCUCAACAGUAAAAUACUGUUACAGCAGAUUAGUCUGCUUUUAAUAUGGAUGAAUUCAAACUGAACAUACACAGAGGGUGUCAUUAAACCCAGACUAAAAUCUAUUUAAAACAUCUGGAAAGAGGAAGUUAUUUGUUUGUGCUCCUCUGUCUCUGUCCUGUGAUAAAACAAUGUCAUGUCUAAUUGGAUUUUUAGAUGAUAUUUUGGUUGAAUUAUAACUUUUAGGGCCUGCUGCACAAACACUCAGAUCCCUCAUCAUUUUUCUCUCAGUGUUGUGAUGUUAAUUUCAUAUGGUGCUGGACCCUGAGUCAGCCUCCUACUGAUUUCAGACUGCCUUUUAGUCUAUAGGGAGGUCUGACAGCCAGUUAUUGAGCAGUCUUUACUUAGGCAUGUGAUGAUAGUAUAGUCUGACCCUCCUCUCAUCCUACACUCACAGCAGCCCUCCACAUGUAAACCUUUCAGACUCAGGCCCGCCUCUAUAAAACCUGAUAAUGGAUCUCAACACUGUAAGGUUUAUGCAGCAGCUGCAUGGUUUUCUUAUCUUCCUCUUUCAUGAUGCAUUAAGAAAUUACUGAUUUUAAAUUCUGAGUUGUAUAUUAGAACAUUUGUUUGAACUGAUCUUGGCUAAAAUACUCUCAUACAUAAGAUUUUAAUUUCAAUAGAGAUUGCCUGGUCGAUUUACCCUGUAUAAGCGUGUGUAGUGCAGGUGGACUGUUAUUUGUAUUAAACAUUUAAAAGUAAAAAUGUUAAUGAGGUCAGUAUGAAAUUUAGGUAAUGCAUGAGUGCAGAACAAUUGCCUGAAUAUAUCCAAUAUCGUUUAUCAUAUUAAAAUGUAUCAUUUAAACUCAUAUUGGGUUGUAUAAUGUGAUAUCUUAUUUUCUCAGAGUUUACAGUUUAGAAUCGUAUCGAAUCAAAUCAAAUUGUAUUGUAUCACAUCGUAUUCUAUCGCAUGGUAUCAUAUCGUAUCAUAUUGCAUUGUAUCGUAUCGUAUCACAUUGUAUUAUAUCUUAUCGCAUCGUAUUGUAUCACAUCACAUCGUAUCGCAUUGUAUCGUAUCAUAUUGCAUCGUAUCGCAUCCUAUCAUAUGGCAUUGUAUUGUAUUGUAUCUUAUUGCAUCAUAUUGUAUCGCAUCAUAUCAUAUAUCAUAUAUCAUAUCAUAUCAUAUAUCAUAUCAUAUCAUAUAUCAUAUCAUAUCGUAUCUCCUAUAUUGUAUCAUAUAAUAUAUAUCAUAUGGCUGCGUAUCAUACUGUAUUUAUUGUUUCUUAUGGUUUGGUAUCUUAUUGUGUUAUUGUUUUGGGAUCACAUCACGUUAAAUUAAAUCAUGUUUUUUUUCUCAUUGAUCAAUGAGAAAAUCAUUGAUCAAUACAAUCAGGUAAAUUAUCAUACUUCCUCAUACCUAAUCAUAUCAUAUUAUUUCUCAUGAUAUUAUUCCUCAUCCUAUGAUAUCAAAAUGUGUUUUUUCUUAUUGUUUGUCAUUAUAUUUCAUAUUUCAAAUUGUCCUGUAUUUUAUUGUAGCCUAUGUUAGUGAACCAUAAUUUGAUAUAUGGUCAAGUAUUUCAGUCUAUUGUAUUUCAUUCGUUGUAUUUUAUUUUAAUGAAGAGCAGUGUGAGGGUAAAUAAUCUAGCCUCCUCUGAUUACAUUAGUCGACAUUUAUCUUACAUGGAGUAAGUGUUUAAAGCUAACGUCCCAUGACCUCUGACCUCUGCUUGUAAGGCCUAAAAAACGGUGGUUAACUUUUUAUGAUUUUUUAAAAUGGGAUUUAUUGAUAACAGAUCCAUGCUCAAAGCUCUUUUGCUGUGAAUCAUGGGAAAUGCCUUUGGCGGUAUAAUUAGGUCCACUAAGGAGGGAGGAAACUUCCUUCCUGUCAGCAGGCUAACUUCCUGUGUGAGGUCAGCAGUCGGUGUGAGGACAAAUCAGACGACAGCUCUGCGGAGAAUAGAGUCUGCAUGAACACAUUAUGGUCUUUAGAUCAAACAGACUCAAGGUUUUUAUAUUUAAGAGCAAUUGCAUUAAAGCUCCAGUGGGGAGUUUUCAGACGGUUGUAAAAAGACUGAAAUUAAAUCAGAGGUCUGGUCAGCUGACCGUGUGCUUGCUCUGUGAUAGGCUGGGAUAACCUUCAUUUAAAACCAACCCUCCUCUUUCUCUCUCUCUGUGUUGCAGGAUGUCGGCGUCUCGGAAGUGUCUGUGCUGCGUGAAAUAUCUGAUGUUUGUCUUUAACCUCAUCUUCUGGGUCAGUAUUCAAACAACGAAGAAAACACACAUCAUUAAACAAACAGAAAACAUAAACAGAAAACAAACCACAUGACUUACAAAUGUGAGGGGCCAUCAGUUUAUGUGGAUUUUGGCGCCCCCUGUGGACAAACUUGGUAAGAUGUGGCCUUACAUGGAGCGCACAUAUUCCAGAUUUGGUCAUGUUUAAAUAUCUGAACCUGGAUCAAAUUAACUUAAAAUAAGUUAAAUUGAUUUUCAAAUCAGAAUCAGCCUCAUCCGUAUGAAAACAUCUGUGACGUCUGAAAGCUCCGAAAUGAUCUGAUCACUUCUCUGACCUUUGACCCCUCCUCCCCGUCAUCUCCCUCACUGUGUUUCCUGAUCAGCUGGGAGGAUGCGGUCUCUUCGGCGUCGGCGUGUGGCUCUCCUUCACGCAGGCCGAGUUCUCCUCUCUUCCUCUGUCCUUCCCGUCUCUCUCCGCCGCCAACCUGCUGCUGGUCGCUGGGGGCAUCACCAUGGUAACGGGCUUCCUGGGGUGUCUGGGGGCCUUGAAGGAGCAGCGCUGCCUGCUGGUCAUGGUGAGAGGUCACACGGUUGAAGCUGGAGUAGUUUAACUCGCCGUCGUCACACUGAAGGUUAAAAUCUGCUCUCGUGUGUUUCCCAGUUCUUCGUGAUCCUCCUGCUGCUCGUCAUCACGGAGGUCACUCUGGUGCUGGUCAUACACGUGUUUCAUGACAAGGUGAGCUCACCUGGAUCUCAAUACAUGAAGGAAUUCAUUCAGAAUCAGAAAUACUUUAAUAAUACCCAGGGGGAAAUUACUUUUGUUACAGUAACUCCAGUGCAAAUACAGUAAAAAGAGGAGAUAAAUAAUAGAUAAAAUAAGUAAAAAUAAUUAAAAAUAUAGAGAUAAUAUACAAGUAUUUACAUUACAAACAACACAGAUAGUAAAAUCGUAUGCAUGAUAUUAUAUAUUAUUCAUUAUUAUUCAAUGGAUUAGGAAUAAAACAAAAGAGUGAAACCAAAACUGAAGAUUCAACAUCCGCUCGAGUCUACAGAGUUUUGGUUAUUUAAAGCUCCUGUGAGGAUCUUUGAAGUUAUGUUGAAUUUGGUUCCCCAUAUAAACAAGUCAGAAAGAGUUAUUUCACUUUUUUUUACCAGGCAAAUGUGCAAACUGUGCUUUCAGAGGUCAUGUAGAGGUGUAAGAAUUAAUUAUAGUCAGUUUCACUACCAGGGAAAAAUUUCUCAUGGAAGCUAUAAAAUAAAUUCAUGAGUGAUAAAGUAAAUUUUUUGAAAGUUAGGCUACAGUUGUGCUUUCAAAUGUGUUUGUUGCAGUCAAUGCUGCAGAGUUGAAAUGCUGAUAUGCCUGACUUCAGAUUAUUCUCAACAGAGUUAAAAACUUCUGGAUUUGCAAACAAAAAACUUGGAAAUAUUUAUCCUACUUCUCUCUGUUUAAGGACACUUGAGUAUCACCUUCUAUUUUGAUGUCUUGUGCACAUCUUUUGUGAGUUUUCAUGUUAAAAGAGGUUUUGAGGAAGCUGUGGGCAGAAGUUACAUGUUUAUUUGUUCUACUGAUGUCCGACGACAAUGAAACCCUGCAGCAGCGUUAAAGGAAGGUGUGAUUGUCUCUGUGAGGACUCCUGCUGUGCAGAUACCUUUCUGAGAUAGAGCAGGAAUGCUGCAGCUUCACAUUCCUCUCCUGGAUUUGGACCUGAACAUAAAGAAUCUCUCGCAUGUAAACAGAGAGGUCACAGGAACGUUUUAGAUUUAAUAUCUGCAGGAAUCUGACUGUAACUUCAAACAUCACCUUAGAUGGUUUUCUCCUCUCUCUCUCUCUCUCUCUCUCUCUCUCUCUCUCUCUCUCUCUGUCUGUUUCUGUGUCAGCUGGACGCCAAAGCACAAGACGAUCUGAAGGAAGGAAUGAAGAUUUACGAAACAGAACCUGGGCUGAAGAAAUCCUGGGACAACGUUCAGAAAAUGGUGAGCAGACAAAAGCAAACAUGUAGACAGAGCUGCAUCAUUCAGUUUAUCUCCGACAUCUGUAAGUCCUUUUACUCGAUACUGUAAUCGUCUUCUUCAUGAUUUUACUGCCAGAUGUUUCCCCCACAGAUGUCAGGUUGUAUCUCCAUGAUUUGACGGUCCUCUCUCUGUCUCCUCUUCUCCCAGUUUAAAUGCUGUGGAGUGACCAAUAAAACAGACUGGUUUGACGUUCUGAACGGGACGCUGCCCUCGUCCUGCUGCUCCGUGGGGACCGAUCAGUGUACAGACGGCUGGGAUGAGGUGGGUUUCACGGCUGGAUGUAAAUUGUGAUGUCAGAGCCUGCAGGGUGAAAUUACAGAGCUGCAUUUGUUGGUUCUUAAAUGUAGAUGUGUUCCAGAUGCAGCAGAGUAUCGGUGUGUUUCAGACACGCAGAACUCAGUGCAGGUCUCAACUCAGGCAGGAAAUGCAUGUUUGUAUUGUUUUUAAAUGUGCUUUUGCAUUUGCAGAACAUCAUGUUUGGAGUCUGUGCAUCUGUGCAUUAUGAACUCUUGCAGCUUUAACAGAUUGCCAAAUUUGGAGAUUAUAUCCAUCAGGUGGUCGUGAGAUGAUGCAUGCUGGAUCUGAAUCAGUGGAUCUCCAGUUUCUUGGAUGAUAUCUUGCUGCAGUUGCUCCAUCAGUGCUUCGAGCAGAUCAAUUUCAUAGAGCUGAAAGUUUAAAAAAAACGAGGGAUGCACAGAUGCAACUUUUGAAAGCAGAACUGCAUCCAGUGACUUUGUUUGAGCUGCAGACAAAGAAGUUGGAAAAACUGCAGCAUGAGGAGAAAAGAGAGUUUUUCUAAUUUAUCGUCCUUGUGUUCAGAUCUGAAGAAACGCUUCAGACAAACGCUGAAGUUUAAAGUACUGUACUCACAUUCCUGACAUUCUCUGUGUGUAACACUCUCACUCACACACACACACACGCACACAUACACUCACACACACACACACACAGACGCGCACACAUCUGGAAAGCAUUUAGAUUCAUGAGGAGAACGGGGCAGAUUAAGUAUUUUGUAUGUUUGCAGGAUUUAGGUCAAACAGACUGAAAGUGGAGUUUCCGUUUCUCUAAGUUCAGACUUAAAGAUUUUGCAGAUUUUGACAGUUUAGUUUUAUAUUUCUGUCUGUUUCUGUUUCAUGUUGGUGUUUUCUCUCUCUCUCUCUCUCUCUCUGUCUGCAGCCGUGUUAUCAGAAGGCCCGUCAGUGGUUGUUGGAUAACAUCCCGUCAGUCCUGGUGUUUGGAGUGUGUAUCGGUGUUGUGCAGGUACUCUCACCUCAUCAGUUCAGAGAUUCAUUUUUCAGUCAUUUUAAAGGGAUAGUUCCCUUUUUUCUGUGGAGUUGUCUGGGAAAGUCGUCCAUAGUUAAGUCCACUGUAUAAGAGCUGCUGGUCAGCUCUGCAUCUUUAAGAGACCAUCAGAGUGAAGCCUGGUUCAUGCUGCUGUAGAUGGAGCCGUUUACCUCCUUUUUGAGAUGUUGUGUCCCGCAGCUCUUCGGUGAAUACAACUAAGCUAUAAAAUAAUUAACAUUUACAUUUGGGUCUUUUUCUUCGUUUAACCCUUCACAUCAUGACAUUUUCUUGCUGUUGUGCAUUUUUGGCCUGAAAACAUGUUGAUAUCUGCAUGCACAAAAUCACUGCAGUGACUUUGCAAACAGACCCAAAUUUUCAUGGCUAAACUCUCGAUAUAUGAUCCCCAAAAGUCACAAUGCAAGGAUUAAGAGGAGAUGGAUUUUCAUGUGUUAAAAGUUGCAUCUUCAUCUGAAUACGUCUGCACCAAACUCUGCAGAAAUAAAACCAAACGAGUGUUUUCACGUGACGGAUCAGACAAGGACACCUUCAUUUAGAAAAAACAACAACAUUGUUUGUGCUCUGACUUAUUCGCAUCUCUAAGUUAAGAAAAAACUGUUAUUUUACAGGUGUGGUAAAGUUCUUUUGUCCUCCUUUUCCUCCUCAGAUCCUGGCCCUGGUCUUCUCCAUGAUGAUGUACUGUCAGAUCAUGUGCGCAGAGAAACACCUGGACUGACUUUAAACCAGCUGAUCUGUCUCAUCACAAACUCCUCUCCUCUCUGGGAUCUAAAAUCAACAUUUUACCUGAUCCAGACUGAGUCUCUCUGGAUUCACACAUUUCUGUAUUUCAGCCUCUGAAACAGUUCGUGUUCAACGGCCUGAAGUAUGAGGACUGCACCACAAAGUCAGGACCAGAAGAAGAGAAUAAGACGAGUAAAUGAAUCCUAUUUGAACAUGAGUGAGAUGUGAUCGAACAGCGAUGAGACAAAUCAGAGGAGCUCACUGACUCACUCCUGCAGGGUGAGCUGAGACUCCAAUGUCGUCUAAAAUGUGGAAGAAAAUUAUCCUAAGUUUCUCAAGUCGCCUGAAAAGGUGAAUCUUUAAUCAGCGAGGAUCUCUGUGAAUAAUCUGAUCUGAUACUGUUAUUGAUUAGCUUCCAAAUGACCGAGGAGCCCCUGUGGGGAAUUCUUUGGCGCCCCCUGUAGACAAAGUGCCAUCCUCUACAUCAUCUAUACUUCUGCAUACGAGCCUUGUGUCUUUGCAGGAUUCAUCCCCCCUCAGAAAAGUUAAAGAGGCCGGUUCAGUUAGAGCGUAAAAAAGAAGAAAAUAGUGUGCAGUUUACAAAUGGUAUAAAGUGAUUCUAAGGCUUGUAUUUUUCUUUAUUAUAUGAACAUAUUAGAGUUUACAGAUCUCUGAUUCAUUUCUGAUUUAUCUCCAUGUUAGUUGAGCUACAUAGUCAAAUGUUUCUCUUGUAAAUAGACCUUCCUGCUUUAAUUGUGGUUUACACUUUAUUUUAGGGCUUUUAUUUUGGCCUGCAGAAAUUAGUUGCAGUUUUAUUUUGCUGAUACAGGUGUCUCAAUCAUCAUCACGCCUUUUAAUUUUGAUAAUAAUCCUGAUACGGCGUAAUAUCAGUGUCCUAGUGACCACAUUUCUGUAAUGGGGCGCUCACACCAAGCGCGAGUAAAAUCAUCCACUCGCUCAAUUCGCGCGAAUCUAGCUGUGUGAAUGAAUAGUAUUUACUCGCUUAAUUCCUGCAAAACUAGACGCGUAAAUGAAUAGUAUUUACUCGCUUAAUUCGCGCGAAUCUAGAUGUGUGAAUGAAUAUUAUUUACUUGCUUCAUUCAUGCUGUUUAUAUUAAUUUAUGCCAAUUUCAACAGUAAUUCCUGCUAAUUCAACUGGCGGGAUCAAGUGAUGGAAAAAAGGUUUUUUACAAUUUACCAGAUAAUCUGACCUCCUCACUCACUUACUUUCAGUAAUUUAAAGAAAAGGUAUCAUGAUUCGGGGCACCCACACAUCGACGCGAUCAGUUUAUCCUCUAUUUUAGGUACCAGUGAACAACCAUCUGUUUCCAUAUGUCACCUGACAACCUUCGUGCUGAUUCAUUAUCAUGACGUGAAUAUCUGUUCAAAUUCAGACAUUUUCAGCACACGCCCAGUUUGCAUCAAUCGCGCCGCUAGAGUAGUACAAACGUCUAAUCGCAUCUUUGCAUUGACUUAACAUGUAAUUCAUUCACGCGAAUGAUUUUACUUGCGCUUGUUGUGUGGAGAGAACGACACCUCUAAAACAUCCAAACAUGUGUGUGUAAAUAUCACACCUUGAGUCUCGUAUCAAACAUCAGGUAAAGCUGUUUGUUGUCUGUUGUGAUUAGUAAAGUUCAUUUCCGUCACACUUCACCUCGCAGCAGGACACAACGAAGCCUUACCUGAACCCGCACAACAAACACAGCAAACAUUUCACUAAAUACACAUCUGCAGGUAUCAUCUCCGGCAGGUUGAGCUUUUACGUGAAAAGACGAGUCAGAUCAGGUCAUUUUUUCAGGAUGUUUAUAAAACCACAUAUUUACAACGAGUCUGUAAAACAUGCAAACUUCUGCAGACGUCACGUUUUCUGAGAGUAAUGACGACGAUCCCUGUUCAGUGCUCAGAGUCUCAGCUGAUUCUUUGUUGUAGUAAAUAAAAUGUAAAUACAGUAAACCUGCAUGUACAGACACUAAAAUCAACAGUAUAUCCUGUUUCUCAGAUGCUGUAAAUAAACAGAUGUUACAUGAUA